AACAUGAUGACAAUAACAAGGAUGUUGUCGUUACAAGGAGCCUGCCUGUUCCUGUUGAUUCGUGCCACUUCUUCAACUGCUGUAGAGUCCUGUGACUUUGAGUCGUACAGAAUUUGCGGCUACACGCAGGACAGGACGGACGACUUUGACUGGACCAGGAGAAGAGGUUCCACCACUACCAGCGGUACUGGGCCUACUGGUGAUCAUACCACUGGAUCUGGGUAUUAUAUGCACAUUGACGGUACCGGUCAGUCGUUGGGUAAAAAAGCUCGUCUGAAAUCGUCGUUGAUUUUCACGCGCGGAGCUCAAGAUUUCUGUCUGGAGUUCUACUACCACAUGUACGGUAGUACUGUAGGGACACUCAACGUGUACAGGGAUAGGUCCUACUCAAGCUACAGGGUGUGGUCAAUGUCCGGUAACCAAGGCAACGCGUGGCAGAAGGCUUCAGUCGACUUCUCCUCGUCUUCCUCAUAUUUCCAGAUCAUAUUUGAAGGAGUUCGCGGACAAUGGGACAAUAGUGACAUCGCUAUUGAUGACGUAGAGAUCAGUAACCAUGCAUGUGGCGCCGUUCCAACUGGUACGGGAGAUUGCAACUUUGAAUCGUCUGAUAUCUGUGGUUACACACAUGACCGGACACACGACUUCGACUGGCAGCGGCACCGCGGGGCUACGUCAUCCUCCGGUACGGGGCCGAGUCAGGACCACACUACAGGCACCGGCUACUACAUGUAUAUGGAAACGACACUACCAGCGACAGGAGACAAGGCACGACUAGUCUCCCCCGCCAUAGUAGGAGGCGGCGGGAAAUGUGUCCAGUUCUGGUACCACAUGUACGGAUCGCGUACGGGCACUCUGGCGGUCUUCAACAAGGUGUACGACCAGACUACCCAAGGAACGAGAGUUUGGUUGCUAUCCGGUAACCAAGGCGACGCCUGGAGACGAGCUCGAGUGACGUUAUCGCAAACUGCUGCCUAUUUUCAGCUUGUUUUCGAAGGCACAAACGGGGGAUUUUUCUCUGACAUCGCCGUUGAUGAUAUAGACGUCAGCGACGGAAGUUGCCGAGACGUAAACGAAUGUCUACAAGACGCCCAGGCCUGUUCUCCGCAUGCGCAGUGCACCAACACGGCGGACGGGUACGAGUGCACAUGUCGCCCUGGGUACUCUGGGAACGGGCAUCUUUGUGAAGGAAUGGAAGCCAGCACGCCUGUUUCUGUGAGUACUGUGAGCGGUUUGAGUACCCAGCAGACCCUGGUUGUGGUCGGCAGUGUUCUCGGGACGAUGUUAGUGGGUCUGUCAGCUGCUCUCAUCUUUACUGUCAUGCGCAACCGUCAAAAGAGCCAUGAUCUGAGAAGUAUCAUCGAGCAAAACGGAGAAGUUGCAAUGGAUGACAUAAGUGACGAGAAACUAGGCGGAUUCCAGAAUCCGUCAUAUGGGAUUCUACAGGUGACCAUAAGAAACGAUGUCAGCGACAUCUAGCGGUUUUUAUGAUCCCUCGUCACCC